CAAUGGGAAUCAGUAGCAAUUUCAGUAUUGAUACAUAAAAAGAUCAUAUGAUAUAUCGACGCUCAAGUAGGGAUGGCAAUUACCCACCCAUGGGUAAUUAUACCCAAAUCCAAGUAGACCCAUUGAUAAUGGGUUGGGUAUGGGUGAAGUGCAUAUGGGUUUGGGGGAUUUGUAUAUGGGUUUGGGUAAUGUAUGAAUAUUGAUUUCAUAAUCUAAAUGGGUAUGGGUUGGAUAUGAAUAUCCAUUUACUUGAGGGUGUUUUAACUACACAUGCAAAAAUUGGACCUAUUUGUAAAACUUGAAAAAUUUAGGUACCAAAAUGUAAGACCAAAAAAAGCUAGGUACCAAAACGUAAUUUUCUAUCGAACUGUGCAUAUCUAUUGAGUUUAGGUACCAAACUGUAAUUUGUAUUUGGGCAUGGGUACAAACCCAAAUCCAUUUAUUAUAAACCCAACCCAACCCAAAGUAAAUGGGUAUGGGUACAAACCCAUCAAAUUCUACCCAUAUCCAUCUAUUUGGAUUAAUACCCAACCCAAUUGAGUUGGAUAGUAAAAAACUAAUGGAUAUGGGCAAAAUUGUCUAUCCUCAAGGCAUCUAAUUGGGCAGGAAAGCCUCAAGCAGGAAGGGAUAUUAUACUCACAAUUGAAAUCGUCAUUAAGAUGAUGAUAUUAUCUUAUAUGUAUAAGAAACGAAAGGGGCAUGAAUGAAUAAUGAUGGUGUAGUGUAAAAUGGUUGUUAGACGUUAGUCGUUACAAGGAUAGGGCACGGACGGUUUGAAAAGAAAGUGAAAUGUCGGGGUAGUUUAGCAUGCUAACCCCUUAGAAGUUGGAAAAAUGACACCCCCUAGUAUAUUAAAUACAAUUAUAGAAUUUAAUACACACAUUAAAUACACAUUAUGAAUUAAAUGCACCAUAUUAAUUAUUAUUUUUUUCAAAUUAAAACCUACACUAAAUACAUUUUCUCUCACUAUAUUUGAUUUUUCCUUUUUCAGCAGUCUCCGGCCACCAGACUUCCUCCGACCGCCACACUUCUCCCGUGAAAAUCCCAUCGGCAGACUCCCUCCGACCACCUCCAAAAAAUAUACCACUGCACUGAUAUGUUGUACCACUGUACUGGUAGAUAUACCACUGGACUGGUAGCGAUAUCAGUGCACUGGUAACAAUGUCAUAUCUGAGUAUCAGUGUAGUGGUACAAAUACCAGUAAAGUGGUACAACAUAUCAGUGCAGUGGUAUAUUUUUGCAUGUGACCGGAGAGAGUUUGUCGGCGGAUUUUACCGGCGAAGUGUGGUGGUCGGAGGAAACUUGGUGGUCGGAGGCUGCUCGGAAAGGAAGAAUCAGAGAUAGGAGUGAGAAAGAUCAAAGAUGAGAGAGAGAGAAUUGUAUUUUGUAUAUGUUUAGAUUUUUUUUUAAAAACAAGUAAUUAAUGUGGUGUAUUUAAUGCUUACUUUGUAUUUAAUAACAGAACAUUUAUUAUGUUUACUUUCAUUAAUACUUGUCAAUAAUUAAUGAAAAAUUGACCAAUUAAAAGGGGUGUCAAAAAACCAUCCUUAAGGAGUUAACAUGCUAACCCGUCCCUGAAAUGCCAUCCCGUUGUUGCUUGAAAGUUGAAACCCAUGUGUGAGAGACAGAUUUAAUUGCAUGAGAAGCAAAUUCCAUUUAGGAUUUAUUUCUUUGUUAUUUUAUGAAAUUAUGACUAAUAAAUUGUUUUUCAAUAUUCAAGGCCUUCCUUCUUGACUAUUAGUAAUCCCUCACUGGGUCCUACUUAAUAAAAUUUACCCAAUUUCUUUUCAUAUCAAGCUGAUUUGUCGUAAGAUAUAUGUAUAUAUUCUUCCUUAGUUAAUGGGAUUAAUUGUAGUCAUGAUUAACGGUGGUUGGUCCACAUGGUUCCAUUGAGCAUGUGCAAGUGCACCGCCGCUUACUUACACGUACUGCUAUUGCUAUAAGCCUAUAACUACUACUAAUUCAUCAUAUCAUUUGGUUCUGAAAUUCUGGUCCAUCAUCUUCGACUAACCGAUCAAUUGACGAAAAUCCAUCAUUUCCCAUCUUUGAUAGAUGUAUAUAUAAAUCCUUUCUGCUUUGCUUUUGAUUUGUUUCCCUUUGUUUUUUGUGUCUCGAAGGAGACGGCCCAACGGUCGUGCCAUUCGGUUGGAAUUUGGAAUCUAUAUCCAGGAUAGGCAGGCAGCAAUCACCAAGGUUGUCAACUAGUGGGGUAAACCGGACUCAGUAGCUGGGUAUAGACUUUAAACUUAUUGGGGUCCUGGAAAAAUGAAUAAUACUAAAGGCUAUGUAUUUAAUGAAUUUUGGGUUGAUUGGGCUCUUGAAUUACAUCAAGUAUGGCGAAAGUAUGAGAUCUUAUUUAUGCAUGUUCAUCGGCUGAUGUACUACGUAAAGGUUAUGCUUUCAACAUUAAGAAUGGGAUGAAAACUAAAUUCUGGACUGAUGUGUGGCUGAUGCAGGUUCCUUUAAUGACAGUGACCACCCAACCAGUUCCUGAGGAGCUCAUUCCCCUUCAGGUGGCGCACUACUGGCAUCAGGAUCAUGGUUGGAGGUUGGAAGAUCUGGAAGACUACCUCAGCCAAGAAACCAUUGCAACCUUAAGGGCAUUCCAUUUCGAUCCGACGACGAGGGAAGAAGACCAGCUGCGUUGGAAGCUUACGACUAAUGGAGCCUUCUCAACCAAGACGGCCUUUCAGGUUAUUUCCCCCCACAUACCCUCGACAGAGCAGCCUGCUUUUUGGAAGAGCAUAUGGAAGCUUCAUGUCCCGGAGAGGGUCCGAGUCUUUAUCUGGAUGGUAGUCAAGAACAAGAUCACCACAAACAGUGUAAGAAAAUUCAGGCAUCUUACCUCUGAUGAUAGCUGCCCCAGUUGCGAGGGUACGGCGGAAACGGCCAUUCAUUGCCUUCGGGACUGUCCGAGAGCCCAAAUUGUCUGGUCAAAGAUUAUCUCGCCCGACCACAUUGGCCAGUUCAUGGCGAGUGAUAGAGACAGGUGGCUGAGAAGCAAUGUAACUGACAACAAGACGGGCUUUUGGCCAGGUGAGUGGGGAAGCUUCUUUAGUCUGGUUCUAUGGUUCAUUUGGAAGCAACGUAAUGAGAAAGUCUUCAGAGGAAACACCCUGUCUCCUUCAUCCCUUUGCAACUACGUCGUGAUCAAAGCCAAAGAGUGGGCUCAUGCUUGGGAAUCGGCGAGCAGAUCUCUUGACAGGAGCAGUAAACCAGCCCGGGUAGAAAAACUCAUUGGAUGGUCGCCACCGGCAACUGGCUGGUUUAAGCUAAACACUGAUGGGGCAGCCCAAGGUCACGGUGGAGACAUAGCAGCGGGAGGGAUCAUUCGGGAUAGCGAUGGUGAGUGGAUAGCAGGCUUUAUGUACAGGAUUGGGUCAGGAACCGCGAUUUUGGCCGAACUUUGGGGCAUUCUGCAGGGCCUCAAGCUUGCUUGGAAACACGGCAUCCAGUUCUUGAUCUUGGAAUCGUAUUCUGCAUUAGCUUUGGAUCUUAUUCGACAGCACCAUGACCCUGUUCACCUUCAUGCCAGUUUGCUAGGCAAAAUUCGGCGUCUUCUUAGUCAAAGCUGGGUGGUACAACUGGACCAUACAUAUCGCGAAGGGAAUAGAGUCGCGGACUGGCUCUCGAAGCAUAGUCUCGUCUAUCCCUUUGGUAUGCAUGAACUGGAAGCUCCACCCUCGGAGUUAGCUCGAAUUAUUAGAGAAGACCUCAUGGGAGUAAGUUUUCCUCGGAUGGCGAUUAGAGAAGCGUAGUAUCUAGUCUCCCCUUGUGCUUGUUACCGCUGUUUUGUUUUUGUCUGAGGUGAGACUACCGCCUGCGCGCGGUGUUGGGAGCUCUGGGUAGCAGGGGGUUUCCGCUUUCCCCCUGUCUCUGAUUCAGGCUGUUUUCUUGGUGGGUUCUGUUGCCCACCUCCUUUCAAUAAAAAAAAAAAAAAUUUAUGCAUGUUCAUACCAAAGUCUAUUUAUCUAAUGUAUUCAUUUAUGUGCUAAAUAUUUGGCAAGUGGGGUCCUCAUAUCCCUAUCCUCUAGCAUUCUCUCAGCUAUUGCAUGGUCCCGAUGAGAAAACUGAGCGCCACAAACCAAAUGAUCGAUCUGCAGUAUGGUCUCGAGUUGAGGUUACAUGUCGUUUUCCCCUUUGGUUUGCGAAUUGCGCCUCUUUUUAGAUUUUUUUGAUUCGCAUAACUUUAUCUAUGAAAUUCUAAGUUGAAAAUUUGAAUAUUAAUGUUAUAUGAGUGUGUUUGAAUUUCCACAAAUGUUGAAUCCAAAUACCAACGGUUACUUUUUGUGUAGGGUUGGUUUGCACCCUAACCUAUCCUGUUCCGGUAAUUCAUUUAAAAAAGUAAUAGCAUCUGCCGGUGACUGCAUUGUGCAUUCAACACUUGUUCAAACUCAUGUCACGACGAUUCAAACUUAAAGCCAGUUUGUUCAUUAGGACCGUACGUGGUGAUUUGAUUAUGAGUGAACCACGUAGUGAUAUGUUUGUUAUUUACGUCUGAUAUGAUUUGUUUGAUUGAGAAGUUUGGAAUUUUGUGGGUUAGGGGAUUGACGUUUUUGUUUGGGGGCUUAAUUCCCCGGCACUAAUUGCUGCGUGUUAUAAGGGGAGAGGCGGUGUGGUGGCGGUGGGUAUAUAUUAUCUUAUAUUAGUUGUUUAAUUUGAUUUGAUUUGAUUUGAUUAAUAAUAAUAAAGUGGGUGGUGGCGACAGGAUUAAUGUUUUCGUUUCUCUAACGUUCUUUCGAUCUUGUUAGGGUAUAAUCGUUGACACUUAACUGCCAUAACUACCGCUCGCUCAUUCGCUCUAUCACUCAUCGAUCACAUGCAUGGUUGUCACGCCGGCCGACGUGUCACUGGUUGAACCUGGUUCAAUCUGUAUCGAUUAUAAGUAAAAUAAUCGAUAUACGAAUCUCUAAAUAAAAUAAUAUUAUAUUAGUGAAUUUAUUUGAUAAAAAAUAAUUUAUUAUUUAUUUUAUGUGUUAAAAAGUUAAAUGUUGAUGUCAUUUGUUGGAUUCGAGUACAAAUAUUUAGGUAUUGACGUUAAAUGUCGUGUUUAAAUAUGAGUAUUUAUAAAUUAUUUGUAAUAUUAACCGGCAUGAACCGGCACAAACCGAUAUGUACCACCGGUCGAACCAUUUCACUUGCUAAACCGGCACGCUGACACAAACCGGUUUGACAACAUUGAUCACAUGCAAUGCAAGCAUGCUGCUAUCCUUUGAGUUUUGCUGGUUGGGUAAAUGUGUCAGAAAAGAGUCCUUUCAUCUGACACAGCCGCGCCCACGUACCAGAAAAACAAAAUGAUGGAUUGGAGAGACGCCAACAUCAUGAACAAGAUCACCAUAUAUAUGUUGGUGCCCGUUGUUCUGUCACCGUCAUAUCACAGGCCCAACAUCAAUCAAUCUCAAUCCAUGAAUCAUUGCCACGUAAGUUAGGGUUGUCGGCAUUCUUUUACCAUUUUGACCAGGCAAACCUUCUUCUUCACCCUCAAAUGGUUGCUUCUGUGCUCUACUUUUCUACUUCUUAACUGCCACCUUCUAUUCUCACCUUAUCUCUUGGAAUUCGGUUAGGGUCCUCACUCCUCACCAAGGUUGUUUAGUCCGUUGGCCCGGGCGAGUAAGUGGAUUAAGAGUUAAUAGACCGACCAGUUUAGCUGGAUAUAUGAAAAUAGUCAUUAUAUUGUCAUACAUCUAUAAAUUAGAUAAAAUUUU